UACGUGUGUUGGAUGAACUUGUACAGAUGACCUGGAAGUAUUUUCCCAAGUCGAGUGGCUGUGUAGACCCGAUCAUUUUAACUUUAUAUCUGCUCUUUAUUCAUGCAGUAAAUACAAUUUUACUGGCAUUGUAACGGCUUAUGAGGAAACCAGAAAGUGUAUGUAGCAGUUCGGAAAGAAAUCGGCGGAGCCGAAAGAUUAACUGUUUGUUCGCUGUAACAUUUCAGCUCCAACAUGUCGGAACCAGCCGAGAAGAGAUUAAAAACUAAUGUGCCCAUGUGUAAAUCGCACUGCGCACUGGUGAACAGCAAAGCCAGGCAGAAUUUCCCUGCCGUCGUGGAGGAAGCUUUAUGUGGAUUUUCAACUUCUCUGAUGGAGUUCGCUUACCGAUUCGAAGCUUUGGCUAAGAUCUUUGAGCAGGAUGAUCUGCCCUUGUCCCGUGUGGCUGCUUUUUUCCAUCAGGAGUCUAUGAGGGAGCAGGCCCAGGCUGAGGCUCUGCUACAGUACAUGUCUGAGCGUGGGGGAAACCACUGCAACAAAGUUAUUCAAAGACCAGGCACUGAGCAAGUGUCUGCGCUGCUCUCUGCUCUGGAGCUCAUGCUGGGCAACUGGAAGGAGGAGAUGGCCAUCAUGGUGGAACUGUGUCAGCUAGCACGUGAACAUGAGGAUCCUCACACCAUCAGUGUGAUCAAAAGCUACUUCCUCAAUCCACUCAUCCCAAAAAUCAAGCUUCUGGGUGACUUAUUGACCAGCGCCCGAAGAGUGGGAUGCAACACUGAUGGCACGGGAGGAUUUGGAGAAUAUCUCAUUAACCAACUCCAGAAGGAACUGUGCAGUGCAUGAACUUUCCCCUAAUGAUAAAACGUCCUACCGAUGCAGUAAAAUCCUGACCAUUUCAUAGAAUUUAUGUGGCUUCUGUCAUGUGGCCUUUUUAUAACUAUAAUGUGACUUCAUUAAAGAAAAAAAAUAUUUUAUGUUAAAACUUGGCCAUUGUAUUUUGUAUAACACAACCUGAUAUUUAUAAAAGUAUAUCUUUGAUAAUGUAUUACAAUUAUGUGAAACGAAUGCUCUUGCUUUUUUGCUACCAAAGCUUUUUUUGCUACCAAUUGUAUCAUGUAUAAAUCUUUAAAUAUGAUUAUAUUAAAAAGGUGACCUAUUAGUUA